CUAGAAACUCGUUAGAAAUAAUUGCCAAAUUACGUUAAGUGCGAUAAGUUAAAACUUCAACAAUAAAAAGUUCUGUGUCAUCAUAGAUUCCAUGUUAGAAAAGGAACCUACGCUUUUGUUAUAACGAAAUGAAGGUGUGCACAAUAAUUAUCUGUCUGUGCACAAUUGUGGAAAGUGUUAAUAUCUUAGGAAUCUUCCAUCUACCUUCAUAUAGCCACCAUACAGUGUUUCAAGCUAUAUACAAAGCGCUUUCGAAGCAUCACAAAGUAACUGUUGUAACACCAUUUUCUCUAAACGAUCCAGCAUUGGUCAAUUUAACUGAAAUAAACAUCAGUGAUGGCGCGUCUAGAGUGUUUAAAGGGAUAGAGUCCCUAUUUCUCGUGGAAAGAGAUAUUCCGAGCCACGUGAAGUUACGCAAAGCUUUUGAGUUGUCUUACAAAUUAUCGGAAGUAGUGUUGAAUGAGAGAAGGUUUAUUGAUAUCUACAAUGCCUCAACAUCGGAGAUCGAUCUAGUGAUCGUGCAAGAAUUUUUUUCACCUGUUCUCUAUCCCGUGGCUGCAAAAUUAGGAGCACCACUUGUAGGAGUCUCCUCGAUGGGUGUUGGGACAUUGAGGCACCUAGCGAUGGGUAACCCAAAUCCGUUAGCUACAUACUCGGACAUUCUUUUCCCGCAUGGUCGCCGGAUGAAGCUGUUCCAGAAGAUAAAGAACGUUUUGUAUUACAUGUGGAGCAGAUACUAUCUGAACUUUGAGGCUCUGCCAAAGUGUGACCAAAUAGCGAGGAAGUACCUGGGCAACGAUCUACCUUACAUUCAAGACAUAGAAAAGAACAUGAGCUUGCUACUCCUGACGACGAAUCCCAUUCUAUAUGAACCAAGACCGAAUGUUCCGACAGUCAUCAGCAUGGAACAGAUGCAUAUAAAACCAGUCAAACCAUUGCCAAAGGACCUGAAGCAGUUCCUAGAUAGCGCAAAGGAAGGUGCAGUCUACUUUAGUCUUGGAUCCAACGUAAAAAGUAUCAAUAUUCCGGAAAAAUUGAGGAAACUGCUAAUAGAGGCUUUCGCUGAAUUACCAUACAAAGUAUUGUGGAAGUUCGAAGAUGACAAUUUACCAGGAAAGCCAAAGAAUGUGUUUAUUGGGAAAUGGAUACCACAACAAGACGUACUAGCCCAUCCCAAUGUAAAGGUGUUUGUCACCCAAUGCGGACUGCAGUCAAUAGAAGAGGCAAUAUCAAGAGGUGUCCCAAUGGUGGGAAUGCCCUUUAUAGCAGAUCAGACAAGAAAUAUAAGACGAUUAAGUGAAGAAGGAGCCGCCAUCGGACUUGACCAUACUACCGUAACCAAAGAAGAGUUCAAAAAUGCUAUUAUCGAGGUCAUCAGCAACCCAAAAUACAAAGAAAAUGUUAAGAGGCUGGCAGAUAUAUGGGUGGACCAUCCGUUACCGUCCCUUAACAGAACGAUAUGGUGGAUAGAGUACGUGAUCCGUCACAAGGGAACAAAGCACCUGAGAAGUCCCACUGCUGAUGUUUCGUGGUUCGAAUACUUACUUGUAGAUGUUAUACUAGUAUUAUUGUUGGCUAUAAGCUUAGUUAUAUUUGUAUUGUAUAAAACAGUUAAGUUUAUUUUGACAAGGAUUUGUGGUGGUGCGAAAAUUAAACAAAAUUAAUGAAUUUUAGUGUGAUAAGCCGAGAUGUUUUCUAUAUACUGAGAAUCUAAUAGUCGCUAUUAUACAGGGUGACGCGAAACGAACGUUAUUUUUUUAUACCAGAGCAGCCGCGUAGGCAGGCCUAAUCACCAGAGCACGGCGGCUGCUCUUAGGAGCUUAAAGAAACUUUGCUCAUUCGAUUUUUGAACUGCCUAAGGUUAGUGUAACUGGGAAAAGCCUCCUCAGGUAAAUUAUUUCACAAUCUCGAUACCUUAGGGACACAGGAGCGGUCGUAUCGUCCAGUUCCGGAUGUACGAAGUUCGACACAUUAGGAUAGGGUCUGUCAGGCAGGCACAUCGCGCGGCGGCAUCAUGGAGGAGAGUUCUGAGGAGCCCGUCGGUGAGAAGGGAUCCCGAGACUGUUCGUUAGAGCCGUCGAUCAGUCGGACGGCUCUCCUCUGAUCAGCAUCGGUCAUGGAUAAUGUAGUUGAGGCGGCAGCACCCCAAACAUGUGAGCAGUACUUGAGACUAGGUCUUAUCUGUGCCCUGACAAGAUACUCCAAUUUAUGCACCUCUCCAUCACUUUACUUAUAACGUAAAGCAGAGUUGUAAGGGUCUGUCUUAGACCCUUAUUCUUUGAUGGGCUGGAUAUGAGCGAGUUUUCAGAGAAGGUGCCGGAUUCGUGAAAUGUCGGAAAGAGGAGCCGCUGCACCUCGCUUUAGUUCAACGGCAGUAAUCAAGCCCGGACCAAAAGCUUUAUUGAUGUCGUUAUGGUUUGAAUUAUUUGCAACACGUCCAUUUUUUCAAAAUUUAGUUUUCUUUUUUUAGACUUACGAACUUUGAUGGAAAAUGAUACACCAUGGAGCAAGAAUCAAAACGAUCAUAUUUUGUUUUUACCGGGGAUGUUUUACAUCAGCGCGCAUAAAAAAGCUACCUCAUCCCCAGUAGCAAACGACAAUUUUAAACCUUCGCAGUGCUCGAAGAUGUUGGUCAGUAUUGGCGAGAGUUUUUGUGAAAAUUAGUAAGAAAGUUCAGUAUGAAAGUAAAUCCAUUUAGAGUGAAAUCUUUGGAAACCCAAAUUUCAACGGGAUAAGACUGAUGCUCUGUUGAAGCGAUUUUUCGGUGGCAAGCAUAAUUAAAAAAGCACAAGCCCACAUACUUUUUUAUAUUUUUGCUUAGCGGUCAAACGGUUGGAAGAAUCUCAACGUUCAUUUUACGCCACAUCUCCUGGAAAGGAUGCGGUUCUCACAAACUAAUGUAAUUUGACUAAUUUUGUAAAGCUCGGCAAUACAUCUACAUCGGCACUCAUAAUGAUGCCAAGUUAUACCUAUCAAGAUUUACCAAAUUUAUAUUAUUUGAUGAGUGCACCAAUUGAAAGUUAAUCUUCGAAAAACUGUUCACAAUGUGCGGUGCCAAUUCAUGAAAUUAGUAUAAUAGUUCUCAUACAUGAACUCUGCAGUUGUUAAAUGUUCAUUGUACUCGUAGUGUAUCUUAGAUACUAAUGCGUAAAUUUGAUAUUAUUUGUUAUUGCUUGGAGCAAGUAAACAAGAAGUUAUAUUUAUGUUGCUUAUUUGAUGAAACGAUGAACGAAAUUCUACUGUCUUUUCCUUGCAUUUCAUUAAAAUUGCUAUGGUAUGCUUUGUCUACGAAUGCCUAUUUCAUUUCAUAAUAUACAGGUCGUAUAUGCUGUCAUCUACUAAGGACCGUAUCGUCAGUUGUUCCUACAAUUGUAGCACGCCUCUAUGGCUUCCUUAAUUUUCAUAGUUUUCUAGUGUUCGGUGUUAACGUUCUAUUUUAAGGUUAUGUCACAAAUAUCUAUUUGCAUCAAAUUGUUCAUGCUUUUGUUUUAUAUUAUCCGUUUUAUUAACAUGAAAUUUGGUGCAAUUCAAAAAGAAAACAUUCCUUCAUAAUAUCUGCUCACACGGAACAAUGGAAAUCUAGAAAUACCCCAACCUUUCUGAAUUAUAGAAAAUACUAUGAAAAUCAAGAAGGCCAUAAAAGCGUCCCACAGUUGUAGGACGUCUUUAUGACGUCCUAGAUUUCUACUGUUCUACUGUGGUAAGGUUAUGUUGUCUUUUUGAAUCCGAUGAAAUAUCGAUACGUAUUUGCCAAAGUAACGUAAGUCACCAAAGACGAUUUCGGAGAAAAAACGGUUUUUAAUUUAACCUGGUUAAACUUUUUUAAAUUGUGCAAAAUUUUCCAGGGUGUUUCUCUGAGGUCUACAUUUAAUUAAGAAAAAUGAUUUUUGAAGGUUUUCUACAGUUUUAGUGGUUAAUUGAUACCUACGUUAAUUUACGGGUUCAGAAAUCUCGAAGUCUUGAUCAAAAAUGUAACGUAAGUACACAGAUACGUCAGUUUGGCGGCAAAUUGUAGCACUUACAGUAUUUUGGGAAUGAUUAAAAAGUAUCAUUUAUUAUUAAAAAACACACAAAAUAACGUUACAAAAGAAAAUAUAAAAUUCUUACUAGUAAAAAAUAUAUAUUUUUUUAAGUUGUGGAGCUUUCAUCUUCAUGUCAUCCUCUGCAUCAGUUUCUGCUAACUCAUCUGGAAGAGAAGACUUACAUUAUAUUUUAAAGAAUUCAUCGUGAAGCCUGGCAGGUAUGACAUUGUUUUUGCAAAGUUUUUCCAAAUCCCUUUUAUUCAUUUCGGAUAUUGGAAUCAGUUGUUUAUUAAUUUUUUCAGGUUCAGAAACUGCCUUUUCUUGCCGCUCUCGACCUUAAACAAAGAAAUAUUUCAGGAUAACUUGCAAAUAUGUAUUCAUUUUAUAUAUUUGUAGUUCAUUAACAGUUUUCUGUAUUUAACAAAGUCUUAAUAACACGGGAAUUCCCUAUACAGGGUGUCACUAAAUUAGUAUUCAAAACUUCAACCAUAAACAGAACAUUAAAAAAUAUGUAGAUGAAAAAUUUGCGAUAAACAUGGGUCCGGAAAUGUUUCAUUUCCGAGAUACAUUGUGUUGAAAAUACGUUAAAAAAUCAGUUUUUUUCUUAUAAUUCAGACAAAAUGUUUUCGAAAAUUUUUAAACCUUGUCGUUUCUCUUAUUUCGGUGGUACCCAUUAUGAGAAGAAAAAAAUCUUAAUUAUCUAACCAGUGGCGUAGUUACUUAAUACGUUGAAAAGUAAAAUAGCCUAAUUCUCGCGCCAAUGCAUUUUUUUAUAAUUUCAAAAAUUCAUUAUUAUUGCUCACUUUAUUUAGAAAAAAAAAGUACUGUUUCAAACUUUUGGAAAAUUCUACCGUUUUUUUGUUUAAAAAAAAACAAAAACCAUAUUAGUACUAAGUAAUAUUGAAUGAAAAAUAUGAUUUGUCUUAACUACAAGUUUUUGUCUAAAAAAAUAGUAGGAUAUGCUGAUUGUCGAUUGCUAAUGGCAUUAAAAAUAUUGACAGAAAAAAAAAUUCGAAAAUACUUAUCUGAAUUAAAAGAAAAAAAUUGAUUAUUUGACGUCAUUUCAACACAAUGUAUCUCGGAAAUUAAACAUUUCCGGACCCAUGUUUAUGAGAAAUUUUUUAUAUACAUAAGUUCU